GGAGAAUCCAACUAGAUAAAUAUGCCACCUAUUGAAGCAGGCUUAGCAGAGGAGGAUCCCUUUGCCCCGUACUACUUUCAACAUGAAGAGCAGAAGAUAUGUGGUGAGCUGGUGAGCUCAAUUACUGAUUGUUACACCGCCGACUAUCCCAGCGUGGUGGACCGCUUCUUUACACGUUACUACUAUAUCAAAGGUGGAGCUCCUUACCAGGUGCUCUAUCACUCCAAUCGCAUUUGUCUCAUUUGCCUGGCGCCGACGCAUCCCGCCUUUAGUGAGGGCAUCGCCUCUGUUAGCUACGAUGUGGGUAAUAUAGAUCGCAGCCAGAAUGUGGUAAAGGGCAAGGCCAAGAAGGGCGGCAUGAUAUUGCAGGCGGACACAACGCUCGCCCUGCUGACAACCGAGACGGGCACAGUCUACAAAAUUCCCAGCUGCAUACGAGGAAAGUUGGUAGAGGUUAACAAUGCUUUACAGACGGAUGCUAAGCAGCUGCAGCAGGCACCAGAGGGCGCGGGCUACUUUGCUAUAUUGUUGCCCAAGAUUGAGAACUGCGAUGAUAUUAAAGCCAACUUAUUGAGCCAGCAGCAGUUCGAGGAGCAGCUAAAAAACGUCGAAACAUGAUGACAAUGCGCACAGCUAUCUAUAAGACGUUCUAUGUAUACUGUUAAACAAUUUUAAAUAACAUGUAGAAAUGUUACAAUGAUUAAC